GAUCGGCGGAGAGGGAUUAUUUGAUCGACUCCAGGCUCGCCGCGAUAAUAUGCGGGCCUCUCUUAUCACUCGCCAGUGGAAGUGCGAAGCCAGAACAGCUGCUAGACGGUCGGCAGCGAAAACAAAAGACGAGCUGUAACAAUAGCCCAGAUCCAGAUAAUCAGCCGUGGAAGAUCACUCGGUGGAGAGCCCCCCAUUUAGAAGUCAGAAGACCGAACAAUGAACUACUGGCCCGUGUAGAAAACAGAAAAAACAGCAGAUUGGACUACGUAGGAGCAACAGGUGUCCUCCACUAUGGGCGACCAGCAGGAACAGCUUUUGGCCUUGCUGACCAAGGAUCAGCGACAGGUCUUUGAGACCUUCAUCCAGUGGCUCCAUGGCAAAUCCACGGGACCCAUUCAAUCCCACCAAAACGCCCUGCAAUCCGUGCUCCAGGCGUCGCCCUAUCCCGCCCUGCAACUGCUGCAGCUGCUCCACGAGCGCUCCAAGCUGCACAUUGGCCAGAUAAUCGCCACCUUGCUUCGUCAGCUGCUAGACGGCGAUGUCUCAUCGCCGCGCUCGCUUUGUGUGCUCGCCAAUUUUCCGGCUAGCAUUCUGGAGGCGGCCACACUUCGGCAGAAGCUAAUGACUCGCCUGGUGGGUGAAUCAGUGGCCAGCGAGCAUCUAAUGCUGGCCCUGUUGGCACGCAGCGAAGGACAACUGCUGGAGGAUCUGCUGCAGGAGCAGCAGCUGGCCCUGCGGACGCAGUGCAGCGAGGCGGCGCCCACAAGACUUUUGGUCCUGUGGCUGGCGCUCAGCCAAAGGGAGCACUUCGUGGCCAGUGUUUGCCAGCAGCUGAAGGACUUUCAGUGCUUCCAGGACCCCACGCUGAGGAAUACCUUGCUGAUCCUGCGACUGGCGAACGAGUUUGCCCUGGGCGCACAGACUUUGGACGAGCUGGGCUGCCUGGACAAAUUCCUGGGGGAAUUUGAUGUUAGCGCUGUGCCCGAGGAGUUGCAGGAGGUUCAUCGGUUCUUCUACGCGGACUUUCAACGCCUGUCCACGCUGCUCAACUUUCUGCGUCCGCGGGAGGUGAGCAAAACCCUCAAGGUGGAUGCACUGCUGCGGGCGCCGGGCGUCCUCUCCGUGAUCCACGAAAAUGGAAUUCGAUGCGAGCACCAAGAGCUGCUCCGCCUGCUCGAGGACGUCUACAAGUGGCAGCAGCAGACUCCGGCGCUGAAGUGUCACCACCAGCAGGAGGUGGAGAUCCUGAGCUAUUACACUGCCCUCUGCCAUGUGUACAAUGUGAUCCUGGACCAGGGCGAACAGACGACGAAGGCGAAGCUAGUGCAGCUUUCCGGGCAAUUGAGGCAACUGCAUCAGUUGGGCACCCUGUGCUCUUUGCUGGAGGACAUCUUCCUGUUGGUCUUCCUGCGCUGGGAGCAGCUGGAGCAGAGUCCGCUGAAGAGAAGGGAAGACGAGGAGGAUGACGAGGAAGAUGAUGAUGAGCAGUACGUCGAUGAUGACGUCGCCUCGCCCCCGCGUCCAUCUGCUGCCCACAGCCAGCGCACCCGCUAUGGAUUCAUCUGCCGCUCGCCCUCGCUGCAGGCACUCUUUACUUUCUUGAAGGCCUUUGUCACCAAGAAGCUGCAUUCCCAGGACUUCAAGUGCGCCACGGAGCACCAGCAGAGAUUCCAGCGCUUGGUGGACGCCAUUAGCGAGGCCCUGUGGAAGCUGGGAGUUUUGCAGAAGAUCGAGCAGUCGCUGAUUAAGUCGGCGCCAUCGAUCAGCUGCCUGCUGGAGCCGGAACAGCUGCUCCAGUUGGUCCAACUGCACAGCGCGGCCAAGGAGAAGGCCUCCAGCGACGACGAAAGUCGGGAGCGCAGCAACCACGCCUCCAGCCUCAACCGGCGGAAGUCCCGGAGGCAGCGACGGGCAGCCAGCUUCAGUGGAGCAGUGGCCGCCAAAACAACCACGGAUGGAGGACUCACCAUGGAGCAGUUCCGGGCUCGGGCGCAGCUGCUCAGCAGGAAGAACUCCUGCGUCACUUCUCCAUGUGAACGGUCCAUCAUCCCCAAAAUGCUCAGCACGCCAGAGCAACUGGCCAUCAUGGCGCUGGCCCUCAAGAAUUUCAACGAUGUCAAGCAGAUCAUUGAGACCUUUCAUCUGGAGCAGAGCCAACUGAACCGGGAGCUGCACUUCAUGGAGCAGCAGCAGCUGGUGAAGCAGAAACUGGCCACCAUCUAUGCCAACUAUCAGGCCUUGGAGGCCCAGCAGGCCAACUCGGGGGAGACCACGGUGGAGCAGAUCAAGGGUGUGGCGGCCAAGGGCUUCGAGCUGUCCAAGAUCAUCAGCGUGGUGGACAACUUUGCGCAGGCGCAGCGUCUGCAGCAAAGCCCAGAGCUAAAGGCCCUAAUCCUGCGACACAGUUCCAACGGACAGCAGGGAUUCCUGCAGCAGUUCGAGGAGCGCAAUCUGAAUGCCCUGAUCAUAAGUGACCUCAUUGUUAACCUCGGAUUCAACCGGGAGAUUACCAGCAACCUGUUACUGGUCAUUCGACGCCAGCAGCAGCAGAAGAUGCCCAGCGAUGAUGCGUCUUCCUCGGCGGGUUCCUCUGAAAUUGGAGCCAUGAAUCUCCUGCAGAAUCUCUGCGAGUGCAUGCGCCUGCUGGAGCGAUCUGGUCAGCAGCCGGCACUGAAUGAAUUGCUGUCUCUCAAGAGCUAUCCCCUCAGGCCAUCAGUCCUGGCUUUGCAGCUCCAACGGGAGGCUGCCUUUCAGACGCUCUACCAAAAGGAACCCGCCGACUACUCGCAUGGACAGGACCUACGCUCCAACACCGGUCAGUUUCAGCAACUCCGUUCGCGUCACAACUACUAUGCCCGCUUCUGCACGUAUGUCCAACAACUGGCACGCCUGCUGCAGCUCAGAGAUCCCAAUUUGGAGUAUCACACCACUCAGCUGCUUCGCAACGAUCCCUACGAAGUCAUUGGCGAACUGAUCUACGAGUGCGGCAUAACGCCCCUGGAAAUCGAGGCGAGUGUGGCGGCUCUCCACCUCAAUCUCGUUCAUGUGAUUGCGCUAAACAUCUGCCCCCAACUGGGCGAGGAACCCACGAAAAGAUUGCCACGCAUUGUGGCUCCCCAGAAGCAGGAAUCAAUACACAACUACAUUUCGCAGCACAACCAGCUGCUGGCUCAAAUAUUGCUGGCCAUUCAGCUGGGGAACCUUCCGGAUGGCGAGACUGGAUUGAACUUCUCUUGCCUGGCACAGCUGGUUCAUCUGCCCGAGGUGGAGAUCCUGGCCUCCAUGCACGACGGCAAUCGGGUGCUGGCCGCCUUGAAUAUGUACAAGUUGGAAGGUGCCAUCCUGGACCAACUGGUGCCGGAUCAAGAGCAACUACUGCAGAUUCUUCUGCUUGGCGUUGGUGGACAAUCAGAUUCUCCCAAGCGUUUAGAGUGCCGGAUUGACAGGCUGAUCGGGGAUCUCGUGGAGAAAGAUCCUCGAAACAUACAGCUCGUGGUGCACAUGAGCGACCUCGGACUGCGUGCCCGCCUGCUCAAAGAGCACUUCACCCGCAUCCCCAGCAGUCAGCAGGCCAAGGAGCUGAUAGAACGAACUCUGCAGCACCGGCGGGCGGCCAAGGCGAUUCCACCUUACCUGCGCUCCGAACUGGAGCACACGCUGUCGGACAUAACGAUAUACGCCAGGGUGUCGGCUCUGCUGCAGUUCGAGAGCUGGCCGCAGGCCUACGACUUUGGACGCCAGACGCCGAACGUGAUCUUCGAGCAGCUGCUGCAGCGACGGCGAUUUGGCCUGUGCCUCGAGUGGAGCCGCGUGGUUUUCCUGGCCGGAUCGGCGGGUCAGCAGCGGGUGUGCCUGCUCACCCUAUUGGAUGCUCUCCUGGAAUUGCGGGAUGGCGAGGAGCUGGAUGAGUCGCUCUUGGGCAUUGUGGAGAUGUUUCCUCCCUCCUCGUUGGUUAACUUCCUGGACACACACAAAGAUAAGUUUAGAUCGCUGCCUCUACUGCAGUGGGUGAUCGAUUACCUGGAGGGUCAUGCCCGCGAUCCUCGUCUGUACCGAAACUAUCAGCUCUCUUUGGAGCUCCUGCGUCAAAUGGAUUCCAAUGAGCGAUCGCAGUUUUGGAAGCUACUCCGGCAUCCCCUCCUCAUCGUAGAGCAAUUGGUGAUGAAUGCCCGGUUUGAAAUGCUAGGAAAGCUACUAGAUGCGGCUCGCUACAGGCUGCAAAAGGAGAAGCCACUGGGUCCUUGUCCCUACUGCUUCGAGAAAACGGGCCAUGUGUAUGAUGUUCAGUCUUCUUCGGCUUCGGGAAGUGGAGGAACACCAGCCAAGCUGAGGUUUCAACUGGGACACACCACAUCGGAGGCGUUUAUUCUGCUGAACUUCAACUCGUACCAGCAGGAUCACUACGUCGGCCAGGAGUGCUUGGACCUGCUGCUGCGAAUCUAUGCCAGCAAAGCUUUGGAUUACCAUGUGGCAAAUGUAAGGGCUGCCUCCGAGCCGGGCUCCCUGGGCACCGAUGUUCAGAACUCACUGGACUCCCUUUGCGGCGCCUUCGUGAUGCCAAAACAGGCGCCCAACCGACAGCAGUGGACGCGGGACGAGGAGGCCACGCACUGCAUGUGCUGUCGGCGGGCUGCUUUCACCAUGUUGAUGCGUCGCCAUCAUUGCCGUCGUUGUGGACGAGUGGUGUGCUAUGCAUGCUCCACCCAUCGGCUAAGAAUUCCGGAGCUGUACGACGAGCUGGAGGUGCGCAUCUGCAACGAUUGUGCCAGCAGCACGGCUGCCAGGGAUCAAAGAGAUGGCGCCUCCAGUGAGCGGAGUGUAAGCUCGGGAUCAAGGUCUUCCGGAAGCAGUGACUCCUGUAAAUGGAGGCUGAGUGGUAUCAUUACCCACGACAAGCUGCUGCGCGAGGAGUUCUCCUAUGAGCACGCCCCCAGUGUGGCCCUCAGUUUGUCCAUCCUUCGCAAUCACGUGGAGCAGCGGAGCUGCGUGGAUCUCCUGCUCUUCCACUGCCGCAAACUGGAGAAGCUGAUUGUGCCCAAUCCAGAGGUGGACUACGGUCUGGUGGCCAAGAUGAUCAAUUGCCUGGCCUUUGCCGCAAAGGUUCGUGGCGCCCCAGGAGAGCUGGAGAACAUUCGCGAGCACUCCGAGAUCAUCAUGGCGGUGGUGCAGCAGGGCUGCGAGUCGCUGAUCCCAACCGGAUCACUCAACAACCACAAUCUUCGCCUGCUGGCGGACGCAUUGGUGGAGGCGGAGCAUUGGGCCUUGGCCCUGGAGGUGCAUCUGAAGUGCGGUUUCGCCACCACAGGCGUAAUGGCGGCACAUGGACUAGCAUGCCUUCGAGCUGGCUGCUACGAUGCAGCCCGUGAAAAAUUCGGUCACUGCAUGACGCGGCUUUCCAGCGAGCAGCUCAAUAGCAGCAUCUGCAAGAACAUGUUUGGAGUGGCUUCCACAGAGGCGGUGCUGCUGCCCAGGAAGCGGCCUCAACGUGGUCCGCCUCUGCUCCAAGAAAUCCUGAAGCUAAUAGCCGCAAUGCCUCAGUCGCAGCCUCAGCCGGAGACCCUUCACCGGGCCUCGCUCAUCCGCAACUCGAAUACUUCGCUGGCCUCCCUGUUCACGCGACGUCGGGAGCCCUACGUCCAACAGCGUCCGCUCCAGGAACCCGCUCUCAAUGUUAUGAACGCACUGGCGGGACUCAAGAGCAUAACAAAGGGUCAAUAUGGCGGCCAAAUUCAAGCCACCGAGGAGAGUCGUCGACAGGAGCGCGGCUUCGAGGAAUCCCUGCACUAUGUGCUUACCUACGGCAGCCACAGUGACAUCCUCAACUUCCUGAUGUCGCGCGAGGAGCUGCGAGCAGCACUGCGCUACUGGCAGCACCAGCAGUUGGACGCGGAUCUCUUCAUCCAGUACAUCUUCCAGCCGCAACUGGCCAACGGCGGUCUCACCGCUCUGAUGGACGAACUGCAUCAGCUGGACGACGCCCAACUGAGUGCCUGGCGCCUGCCGCUGCUGCAGACCUGCCGCCACCUGGAGCAGAACCAGCAACUCAGCUCGCUGUACCAAUUGCAGCUCCUCCUGAAGGAUCCCAUUCGGGCCAGCAUGACGUGCGUGAAGUUCUACCCCCUGCAGUGCGAGAACUUCCAAAAGCUGCAUGCCAACUCGCAGCACUUGCUCUCCGCACACAUGCACCUCCAGGGGGAGCUGGAUCUGGCCGAGUGGGAGCACCUGCAGCGGCAGCAGGGCCGCAGGAGCAGCGUGGCCAGUGGAGCCAGCGUUCGCGGUGCCUGCUUCGCCAUGCAAAUGGAUGCCAGGGCUCUCAACGGGCACAUCAACACCAUUCGGCGGCAGCUGGAGGUGGCCAAGUUUUUGGCCAAGUGCGAGCGGGAACAGGCGCCGGAUGAGCCGCUUAGAACUAUGCAAACUCUGAAACAGAUCCGACUUGAGUCUAGUCGAGGUACCCUGCCCACCUUGUUCGAAGGCGCCGCAGAUCGCAUCCAGCUGUGCAUCCUGAUCCUGAUGUGCGGCAAAAACAUAGACGAAGGUUUCGGUCUGGCCUAUGGAAUUAUGCAGGACUACAAGCUGGCUGCCAUCAAGGUGUUUGGUGCCACUGCCAAAUACCUAGCCAGGAAUCAGCGCCUGGCCGAGGUGGAGCGCCUGCUGGACUGCAUGGGAAGCAACAGCGGCGGUGGCAUUUCCGCGGAAUCUGACGAGAUCCUGUCGAUUGCCAUCAACUCCGCCGUGCACAGCAGUGCUCCCGAGACCAAGCAGAUGCUGGACCGCCUGAUCAAGCGCAUCGGCAGCGUGGAGCUGAGGAUCUCCUCGUACAUCUACAUCGGGCAGCUAAAGUCCGCCUAUCUGCUGGCCAACAAGCACGAGCGACUGGUGGACAUCCGACGAAUCCUGCGCCAGGCGGAGCUCACCGGCCAGGUUCACAUUAAGAAGCUGUGCGAGAUGAAGCUCCAGCUCAGCGCCCCGCCAACGCCUCUGUGAUAUCGUAACUCCUCGAGCAAUAACAAUUUAUUAACCAUUUAUUUGUGGGAUUUCACCAGCUGUGAUAAAUGCUAAAAUUAUGAUUUUAAGCUUGGUACAC